CUUACGGGCAAAACAUCCACAUCCUUUACUGCAGCCCGAACACUUCGAGCUGGUUAAGGGGGCCGAGAGUUUAAACUGUAUAGGGACCGCUGGAAUCAGAGAAAGAUGCAAUUAUUCCUGAAACUUCUUUUCCUCUUACAGGCACUAGUCCGAGGGGUUCCAGUGGUCUUGGAGGUGAACCAGCCGCGUCUCGUCAGUGUCUGGAGAGGGGAGUCAGUCACGUUAAACUGCAGCUUUACUCAUAAUGCAACUGAGGAUGGCUGGGUCAUCAUUUCCUGGCACAGGACAUCACCAAGGGCUGGAGAUGUUCCUUACAAAGUGAAUAAUCUGCAUUGUGUCCCUGACGCCUGUCUGCAUGGAUUGAAACGCUGUAAUGCAUCACUGAGGGUUGAACAUGUCUCCUUUGAUCACUCUGGUAAUCGCUACACCUGUAUCCUGAGGAUACCCAGUGUCUACCCACCAUUAGAGGCAAGAGGCCAAGGAACACUGCUGCAGGUUUAUGAACCUCCUGAAAUUUCUGUUCUGGAUGGUCCUUUGGUUGCUGAUAAUGAAUCCGUCCUCAACUGCUCAGGCAACGGGUUGUUAGCUGAGGAUAUCUCCUUUACAUGGGCAUGCUCAGGAACAAACAAUUUUACGGAAGUUGCUGGACCAACUCUGUGGAAGAAUAAUAAUGGCACUUCUGUUGUCACCAGCCAGCUUAAGCUUGUCCCAAGAGUGGAAGACCAUGGGUCUGUUUGCAGCUGUCAGAUUGAUCAUGCCACCUUCAGACAACCAAUUAAAAUCCAUAUCAAGCUAAAUGUUAUGUAUGGACCACAUGAUUCAAUAAUAACAUACAAGUUGAAUACCAUGGGUAAUUAUCUUCCUAUCAACCAUAGUGAAAUCAUUGCUGUUGUCGGUUCAUCCUUGGCACUGAAUUGCUGUAUGACGAGUAACCCCGCUUCCACUGUGAUGUGGACAAAGGUCAGGGAGAGUCCAAAUGGAACAUUACAAACUAAUAUUGGAUUAAACUGCACAGAAGUACAGAUACAUGUUCAAUCUGAAGAUGAGGGAAUCUAUUGGUGCAUGGCAUACAACGACUACGGCAGCAGAAACACAAGCAUUUGGAUUAAAGCAAAUCAUGAAACCAAUUAUAACUAUUAUCAACUUUAUGCUGUGCUCCCCAUAACUACAGUCAUCAUUAUGACAAUAAUGUUUUCUUGGCUGAUCUGCAAGAGGCAACGGAAAGAUCCAGUAAAUGUAUCGGCUGAGCUGAGUUCAAGAACCAUGGACUGGAGUGCAAGUUGCAGCCAUGAGAUAGAUACAGUAUAUGCAGUAGUCAGGAAGAAGAGCCAGCCAACCAACAGACAGCAUCCAACAGAAGCUACCUUUGUUGAUGAAGGUAAUAGUGAAGAAGAAGUCUCCUAUGCAGACAUUGUUAUUCAUAGUCCAAAACGUGUCUAUAACCAAAAGCUCAAGCAAGCUGCUGAUGUAACAGAGAAAAAUACCAAACAGGAGCUCCAAUAUUUUUAUGGUUCAUCUCCUCACCAUCAAGUUGAUCAUACCUCUGAAUAUUCAGCAGUACGAAUUCCGCACCAGGAUCUGAUAACUGCAUGACCGCAGAACCCUGAGAUUAUCUUUCAGCCAUUUUGCAGUAUCUUGAAUAAAGUGACCACCAGCGGUUACACAGAGCAACAGGCAGAAUGGUUUAUUAAUGGAGCAAGAAACUACGAUCAAUGCAAACACCAGAUGGAAAGGAUUCAACAAAAGACUGGAUCACUUUAUAGUUGUUACUGGUGUUACGUUAAGCAUCCAUUGUUCAUUUUUUUCAGGUCUUGGAAGUCUGUUAAGAGUCAAAAAUUUCAUAAGGUGGUUUUUAGCCCCAGUUUUUCUCUUGCAAAAGGCGAAAUCAUUUCCAGGCUGAACUUCCUUCGGUGCUGGCAACUCCAUGAGUAACUCAACAAAUUGACUAUUUUCUGCAAGAAUCUUAAAAUGCAGCCUCUCAGAAGCCUAAAUUCAGAUCUUCCAUUAACUGCAAGACAACAGCAAACUGUUCUUACCCAUUGUCCAUGGAGUUUAUGUGAUGAGGCAUCUGGUGCUCAUCUGACUUUUCCACUCUAUCCAGUCCCGGAUCCAAAAAGAGUGGUCAAUGACCUCCCAUUGAGGGUCAGUACCGGAACACUUUGACCCAUGCGGUUCAGCACCGUGCUGGACUGUGUAACAGCAGCGGGCCAAUGAGAGACUUGAACACAGCCAAGCAGCUGAUUCAGUGGCAAAAUUAUUUGCAUGGAGUGUACUGUUAGGAAGUAUAGAACUUAAACAUUUGUGAAAAUAUGUGAACGUGAAUGAGAUUCACAAAUAAAGCAUAAAACUACAGCCAGAUUAUCUGUAUAUAAAUAUUGUGAAGAGGAACUUUAGCUCUGAGGAGUGUACAUUGUGAAAAUUUAUAUUUUGCUCCAAUGCUUAGCCCAAAUCAGACUGGAUUCUCUAAUGCUGUUGCAA